AUGAAAUCUGCUCUAUUCUCUCCGUUCCGUUACUUAAAUUUUCUCCUGUUCGUGUCAGUUACGGCUGAUUUGGAUGGGAAUUGGCAUGUUGGUAUCAUAUACGACGAUGGAUUCGAUCAGUCGAAAUACAAUCUACCCAGAUUAUUUGAAGCAUUGAAACCAAGCCUUCAACAUUAUACUGACAUUUCAACAGGAAAUUUCUCUUUGUCAACAUCUCAGAAAUUUAAGUUUACAGUGGAGAAGUUUUUUAUCAAUCAAGUAUGUGAACUCGUCAACAAAGAUGUACAUGUGAUUGUCAGUCUGACAGCUUGUUACAUAGCUGAAUAUCUCGAAGGAGAGGCCUAUCGUUAUCAUCUACUGCAUAUUGCAAUACCAAGACCAGCAUGCACACAGAAGAAGCCGACAGUCAAAACUACAGAAACAACACCACCAACAACAACACUAUGGAUUCAGAUGGAUACACAUCGUAUGGCAAAGGCGUUUUUAGCGAUCACUGAAAUGGAGCGUGUUUCACAUGCACUAAUUUUAGCUGAUGGUCCAACAGCUAUAAUCCAUGAGAUAUCUGAAUUGACAAUGAAAAGAAAACUUGAAAACGAAAGAUUUUACACUGAAUUCUCCACACAACUGUUCACAAGACGUGACGACGACAACACCAACAGCAAAAACAGCAACAAUCCUAUGUACGUAUCCAGUGCGUCUAAUCGAAUUACACUGAACGAGUUUAUCAGAACACUGAAUGGCAGUAAAUCAAGCGAUGGCGUUAUCGCAAAAUCCUAUGCAACGCAUAUAUUCUUACUGAAUACUAAAUACUCUCAUCAUUUAGAUUAUUUUAAGCAGAUUUUUGAGAAUUCUAAUAUCACAAAGAAGUACUACUGGAUUUUUGAUGAAUUUCCUGAUCUGUCAGUUAACCAUCUGUUAGACAUCAUAACACUCUCCAAAGUUAAAGACAUAAAAAUAGGCUUUUUUCGACAAUUCCCUGUAUUGAAUUUCGACGAUUUAUCAGAGCAUGAAUUAAGAAAGGGAACACAAUUGUUGAUUAAAUCUGCACUGGAUGGUGAAACACAUGUCCUACCUGAACGCGUAACAAUUGCUGCCUAUAUGAUAAUGAUGAGCAACCAAGUGGCGAACUUUAUGAAAUCAUUGGGUUCCGUCUACUUAAACCGUACUGGUUCAACUUGUGAUCAAAUCGAUCCUUAUGCUGAUGUAUUCGGUGGUCGGUUGUUCUACGAAGUUUUCAGCUAUGGGUCUGGUUCCAGUAGAUGGAAAUCUUUCUGGUUUUAUUCACUGGAUAACUUGAAUGAUACAACGAAUCAUUUCAUAGCCACAGCACAAUACACUCCCAACGACUAUAUGCAACUUACCAGUAGAGGAGUAAAAAUUAAACAAAAAAGUUUGAAGAGUGGUUUGUUCUCAACUGUUUUCCAGUCAUUCAUCGGAAAAAUCCUCCGCAUAUCAACAGUUCUUGACCCACCAUUUGUUGUCACUGGUCAGAUUGGUGAAAACAGAGAGUUAUUUAACGCUACAGGAUUUGCUAUUGAUAUAUUGAACGAGUUGGCUAUACGCUUCAACUUUGGUUAUCGCUUAUUUAUACCAGAGAAUGGUACAUACGGCGCAUUAAACGAAGGCCAGUGGGAUGGGAUGAUGGGUGAACUAGUCAACGGGAAAGUCGAUAUGAUAGCCGCCGGUUUAACAAUUAGCCCGAGAAGAGCAAAUUAUGUUGAAUUUAUUGGUCCAAUAGUUGAAGAUACAAUUGGUGUGCUUGUCAAACCAUCAAGAGCCAAUGGUUACUACUUCCAAGUGUUUUAUUUAUUUAAACUUGAUGUAUGGAUCUCUAUUCUAUGUUCAGUGGUCAUUCUUGGGGUUACAGUCUACCUGUUCAACAAGUACAGUCCAUUUAGUGGAUGGAAUUUACAACAUUCAGAAACGAAUGCGGCAGAUGAAGCAUCACUUAUACAUAAUUUAUGGAUUUCACUGCGUUGUAUGCUGCUUCAAGGGCAAGAAGGUGGUCAGGUGUUCAACUGUUCAUCACGUGCUCUAUGGCUAUUGUACUGGUUGAUGAUUCUGGUCAUACACGCAAUCUGGCAGGCUGAUUUAACAGCCUUUCUAACUAAAAAUAAACUGGAACUACCAAUCAAAUCGUUGAAAGACUUGGCUUACAACGACAGAAUGACAGUACUCGCCAUGAAAGGUACUAGCACGUAUAAUAUGUUUCAGAUAUCAGUGAACAAUACAGUCUAUGAGUCAGUAUAUAAAAAGUUAUCUGCAAAUCCCAUCAGUAUAAAUAGUACAAGCGAAGCAGUUCAACUUGUCAAACAGUAUGAUAAUUAUGCUUACAUAACUGAGAGAUUUCUACUCUCGGGUGUAAUCGAAGAAGAAGAAACUGAAGAGAUUUAUAGCCUUGCAGUUAUAGAAGAGCCCAACGUUGUUGCAUCACUUGGAUUUGCCGCUCAAUUCGGUAAAGAAUUUACACAGCCAAUGUCUUCAUAUAUAUUAACAUUAAGAGAACGUGGUAUAAUUGACAAAUUUAUGGUUAAAUGGAAUAUGACCAACGAUGCUACUUCAAUAAAUGCACAAUAUCAAGCAUUAACUCUGUGGAAUGUGGCUGGUGCAUUUAUUGUCACUGGAAUAUUCUCUGCAGCAAGUCUAUUCUGCCUAAUUAUUGAAUGUUGUUUACACUAUCAGUGGAGAGUUAGGUAA